AUGUCCACCACCCGCUCCUGCUCCAGGAGGACAAGCUCCACGUUCUGGUGCCUGUUCCCCCACGUCUGCCUGGUCUGUUCCCUGGUUGUGUAUAGCAUCAUCGGAGCUGUUGUGUUCCAGCUACUGGAGGGCGCCGUCCACAACACAACAUCGCAAUUCACUAAACUACUGGAUGAACUCUGGGAUGUGUCUCAUAACUCCAGUGUCAGCAACGAUGCUGAAGGUUUCAAAAAUGUUUCGCGGCAGCUGAUUGUCCAGUACAUGAAGACUGAUAAUCACGAUGUUCAGUGGAAUUUUCUCAGUUCCCUGUUUUUCUGUUGUACAGUAUUCACUACAGUCGGUUACGGCCACCUGGUCCCCGUCACCGUGUUGGGGAAAGUUGCGUGUAUGGUGUAUGGUGCGAUUGGCAUUCCCCUCAUGCUCCUGGUGCUGGCUGACCUAGGAGACAUCCUCGCCGGCUGCAUGUCCAAUAUGUAUAAACGUGUCCGAGAAUCCUGCUACAGAUGUUCUGAGCGGAAGUCCACCGUGGCCAGCAUGAAAGGUCGCUCAGAAAAGUCCAGUAUGGAGUCCACUCUGGAUAGUCGAGUGUCCGUCAAGGAGCCGCUGAACCUGAUGGAUGUGCUGAUGAGCCAGGCGACGCUGAAGCGGAAAUACCUGCAGAUGCGGAACAUCGAAAUUUUUGAAGAAAUUCUCGUAAGAGAGAACAUAGUGCCCAGGAAAUACCCGAAUAUGAAGUGCUACUCCUGCCCGGAGCUGGACAAGAUGCCCUCUAGCCAGUCCGCUUUCUCAAACUUUGACAAACUUGGGGAAGAACUGGAGAAGCUGGAUGUCCCGGUCAUUGUCAUCGUCCUGGUGGUGGUGGCCUACAUCAUGUUGGGGGCCCUCAUCUUCCCGCGGUGGGAGGCCUGGAACACUUUGGAUGCCUUUUACUUCUGCUUCGUCACCCUCACCACUAUCGGGUUCGGUGAUGUGGUUCCCGAACACCCAAACUAUUUCCUGCUACUGUCGCUCUACAUGGUGAUUGGCAUGGCCAUAAUGUGCAUGGCCUUCAAGCUGAUGCAGAACCGGCUGGUGUGUCUCUAUAAGCUAUGUAUUGUCUGUGUCAGCGGGGGCAACGUCACAAUGGCCCCCAGCAAUGAUCAGCGGUAA